AUGCGGCUGGAGUCCCUUCUGCUCAUCCUUUGUUCCCUACUAGCUUCAAUAUGUGCCGCGCCAAUGUACGAUGAUGAUGUCGAGGAUGAGCGGCCAAUCAGGAUGAUGCGACGCGAUUUCGUACCCAUCACUACCGUACUCACCGACCUGAAGGCAAAGGGGAUCGGCGGGCGGAUGAGGUUUGGGAAACGGUCGGCGGCGAGCGGCGCUCGGUAUGUGGUGAAGCGGGGAUUUGUCUACGCGCCGUAC